AGAAAGAAUCCAGGCUAGUUGUGAGAUGACAUACAGCAAGCAGGCUGAGAUGAUGGGGGCAUUUUAGAACCAAGAGGAGGGGGCGGGCAGGACACGGACUUGUCUCCCCCACCUUGAUGCCAAGGUGGCAUCUGGGAGAUAUCUCGAAGGGCAACGUCGAGGGGACUGCAAGCGUCAACCCGGGUGCGGCGGCACGGCGCCCCUCUCCGCGGGCGGGGAGAGAGCGCGUGUGCGCGAGAGCGGCGGGCGGCGGCGGGACGAGGCGCAGGCGCGCUGCUCGCCCGUCUGCAGCCCCGAGCCGAGCGCCGCGUCUCGGGAGUUGAUGGCAGCACCACUGUGCGGCCGCCCGGCCGAGCGCGGAGCGCAGCCACACGCCGCUGCCCAGGGAGCGCCCAAGAUGUGGGGGGACCGGGGCGGCAGCGGCCGUAGCAGCGCCAGGGACGGGGGCACGCAGCAGCCUCCGCUCGUCCGCCUGUCCUGACCUGAGCCUCGCUUGCCCCCAAAGAAUGUCAGCCAAGUCCAAGGGGAACCCCUCCUCGUCCUGUCCAGCCGAGGGACCGCCGGCAGCCUCCAAAACCAAGGUGAAGGAACAGAUCAAGAUCAUCGUGGAGGAUCUGGAAUUAGUCCUGGGCGACCUGAAGGACGUGGCCAAGGAACUUAAGGAGGUGGUUGACCAGAUUGACACCCUGACCUCUGACCUACAACUGGAGGAUGAGAUGACUGACAGCUCCAAAACAGACACGCUGAAUAGUAGCUCAAGUGGCACAACAGCCUCCAGCCUAGAGAAGAUCAAAGUGCAGGCUAAUGCACCGCUUAUUAAACCCCCAGCACACCCAUCUGCUAUCCUCACGGUCCUGAGAAAGCCAAACCCUCCACCACCUCCUCCAAGGUUGACACCUGUGAAGUGUGAAGACCCCAAAAGGGUGGUUCCAACUGCCAAUCCUGUAAAAACCAAUGGCACCCUUCUACGAAAUGGAGGCUUACCAGGUGGACCUAACAAAAUUCCAAAUGGAGAUAUCUGCUGCAUACCCAACAGUAACUUGGACAAGGCUCCAGUCCAGCUUCUGAUGCAUAGACCUGAAAAAGACAGAUGUCCCCAGGCAGGGCCUCGAGAACGAGUUCGGUUUAAUGAAAAAGUACAGUACCAUGGCUAUUGUCCUGACUGUGAUACCCGGUAUAACAUAAAAAACAGGGAGGUCCACUUACACAGUGAACCUGUCCACCCACCAGGAAAGAUUCCUCACCAAGGCCCUCCCCUCCCUCCUCCACCCCAUCUCCCUCCUUUCCCACUAGAAAAUGGGGGAAUGGGAAUAAGCCACAGUAACAGCUUCCCUCCUAUCAGACCUGCAACUGUGCCUCCUCCCACUGCACCAAAACCACAGAAGACGAUCUUGAGGAAGUCAACCACUACAACCGUGUGAUGUAUGCCAUUAAAAAAAUUGUUUUUUUAAUUUUCUAUAUUAUAAACAUAAAAUAAGUAAUGAGCACUUUCUACUCAAGCAAUAAAAAGCCCAAAUAUAUUAAUCCUGCAUUCAGCAAAGUGGCAUAAAAAUCACCUGGUAAGUAUGCAGCACAUUGCUUAUAUCCUGGGUAUGCAUUAUUUUAAAUGUUGUAUCAUUAAAAACCUCAGAAUGAUGAAGAAUAUGAAUGAUGCAUUGUUUUUGCAAUUGACCUAUGACAAACUGUGAACCUGCAGAUUUCACCUAUUUUGAUUUACUAUAAGAGCUGGGAUUUGAUUCAUUUUAUUUAUGCCUAAGUCAUCUAUGCAUUAACAUGUCAUAUUCUUAACUUUGAUCUAAUGCUUUUUACUAGGAAAUUUUAAUACUGAAGGACUAUUUUAUUAUUUUUUUCUAAAGAUGUUUGUCACUAGUUUUUCAUUAUUAAAUGCUGAGGCCAAUACCAAGAAGUUUAUUUUCUAUAUUAUACAAUUAUGAAUUACAUGCUCAGCUAUAUAUGUAAUAAAAUACUUUGGUCUGUGGAAAUAUUGUUAAAUCAAUAAACAAUAGUAAAUAAUGACAAAA